ACUCUCAUAUCAGGUUCAGAAUAUGGAAAAUCAACGUCACAAUGCCAAGAGUCAGAAAACUCAGCACAUUCUCCUGUUCCAAAGAGACAACCUGUCCAAAAAUUGGCUGUGCCCAUGACAGUGCCUGCACCAGAACAACAAUGGACUUCCCCUACCACAGCACCUGCACCUCUUCAACAGUGUACCAUCCCUGCCGCGGUGUCUCCACCUGCCCAACACUGGGUCAUGCCCACAAAAGCACCUGCACCUGUUAAGCAAUGGACCACCCCUACCACAGCACCUGCACCUGAUCAACAGUGUACAAUCCCUGCCAUGGUGUCUCCACCUGUCCAACAAUGGCUCACAAUAGCACCUGCACCUGUUAAACAAUGGACCGCCCCUACCACAGCACCUGCACCUGAUCAACAGUGUACAAUCCCUGCCAUGGUGUCUCCACCUGUCCAACAAUGGCUCACGAUAGCACCUGCACCUGUUAAACAAUGGACCACCCCUACCACAGCACCUGCACCUGUACAACAGUGUACAAUCCCUGCCAUGGUGUCUCCACCUGUCCGAAAAUGGGUCAAAAUAGCACCUGCACCUGUUAAACAAUGGACCACCCCUACCACAGCACCUACACCUGUCCAACAGUGUACAAUCCCUGCCAUGAUGUCUCCACCUGUCCAACAAUGGCUCACAAUAGCACCUGCACCUGUUAAACAAUGGACCACAGCUCCACAGGUGAAAAUAACGGAACGAGCAAGCAAGCAACUGAAACAAUGUCCUCACUGUGAGUAUACAUCACUGAAUUCCUCCAACUUCAGACAUCAUGCCCUUACACACUCCAACAAGAAACCAUUCAAGUGUUCUCAUUGUGACUUUGCAACAAAAACAAGACCCAUGCUUCGUCAGCACAUGCGAAUCCACUCAGGAGAAAAACCCUUCAGUUGCAAGUCAUGUGAUUUCAAAACAGCACACAAAAAAUCCUUACAGACCCACAUGCAAACCCACACAGGAGAGAAGCCGUACAUGUGUGAGGUGUGCGGACACAGGACAGCUCUGGCUGCGACUCUAAGAACACAUAUGAAGGUACACUCCAAUUCCAAAGAACAAAUCAAGUGUGACAUCUGUGGAUACGUGACAAAAAAGAUGUCCCUUCUAGAGAGACACAUGGAAUUUACCCACACUAAGAAGCACAGGUGUGACUUUGAAGGAUGCAACUUCACAACAACAAUACAAGUGGAAUUUCAGGAGCAUCAGAAAGAGAAACCAUUUGCCUGUGACCAGUGUACUUACAAAAGCCACAGCAAGUCCAGCCUGAUAACUCACAUGAAAACUCACACGGGAGAAACCCCAUGCCUGUGACCAGUGUGAUUACAGGUCAGUGACUUCAUACGAACUCUUCAAACACAAGGCUACAAAUCACAGAGAGAAAUUCUGGCCAUGUGACGUCUGUGGUCGCCAAUGUUGUUCUGAAGCCCUUUUGGAGAGGCAUAAAGAACGACACAGCUAUGAGCAGGACAAGGGGCUCUAUGUCUGCAAAGAAUGCAACUACAGAGCAUUUAGUUUUAAAGCAUUGAAAGAGCACAUAUGAAAAGCCAUAUUGAAAAGCCAUAUGCCUGUGACAAGUGUGAUUACAGAGCAGCUCUGCAACAUACUAUGAAGGUGCACAUGAGGAGGAAACACAAUACAGAAAAGCCAUUCAAGUGUCCCCACUGUAACCAUUGUACAAAGACAAAGGAUGUUCUGAAAUGCCUCAUUAAAAAUAGACAUAAGGGUGAAAUAUCUUAAACACAGCAUUGAUAGGGGAGUUGUUUUGUCUUAAAUGUUUUGUAAUACGGGGUAAAGGAAAAAUAAAGAUGCAGUAUUUGUU